AUGAUCACGGACGCGACGGCGGACGAGGCGCGCACUGUCCAAUUCGAUGAAGAGGAUGCCCAAGACCAAGGAAGUGAGGAAGAUGUUGAGGAUGAGUAUGAGGAGAAAGCCGAGCCACUCGGCGAAGUCGACGAGUUGUCGCUGCAAGUUGGACGGAUGGGUACCCCACGUCCAGUUGUGCGCAACCUGGCGGCCGAGCUCGGCAAUGAUACGAACGACGAAGAUGAAGCCGCCGCUCAAGGGGAACGUCCGCCCCUGAUCCCAAGAGCGACGAGGAAUGCGGAUACGCCAAUGGCGAUGGCUCAGGCGAGAUGGCCGGUGCUGGGGCCCGAGCUGACUCAGCCGGUGAACAGCACCGACAUCAACCAACUAGUCGAAGACACGGUGCUGCUACUCAAGGCGAUGGGGUUCCGGUCCACGAGCCGACCCAACAGCCUGCUACUCGGCGAUUGGGACCUCAGCCGAGCUUCACGCUAUAUCCUUAAGUGGAAGCGUCGGUUGCGAACUAUUGCGAAACGAGUGGCUGAUACUCCGAAGACCGUCGAAGACCCCAGCAGGAUUCCCCUGCCAAAGACUCCCGAACGCAAGAGAGCCGAGGUGUUCCGCUCGACUGAGGGCACGCCGUAUUUUGAAGAUUCGUAUAUGAAGACGCCAACGCGUGGCAAGCAGCCAAGUGGUCGCUACGCUGAGUUAUUUGACGCUGCAGAUGCAGCCGAGUUCAGCGACAGCGACGAUGGACGCGAGUACCUGAACUCAGCUGAUGAGUCGUUGAAGGACGUCAUCAAGCACCUUAGCUUCGAUGACACUGAAAGCGAUCGGACGCAGUACUUGGAGGUUCGCACCCAUGCGUCCCUCGACGAGAUCCCUAUGUUCGAAGGCAAACGUUACCGACCGGAUGACUCUCACCAGUGGCUUAAGCGAUUCAUCUACGAGAUUAAAGGAACUCGGCUGGCGCAAGACCUCUGGUAUGAGCCAUUCUCGCUGAAGCUGGAGCGAGGCGCGAAGAGCUGGUAUCGCCAGCUCCCGAAGAAGACGCAACGGAAGUGGAGUCUGCUGACUGAGGCAUUCGCCGACUACUACUGUUCGCAGUUUGACCAGUCGGUACGAGCUCGCUAUUACUCGGCUCAGCGCAAGGACAACGAGCUAGUGUGUGACUUCCUCAUUCGUCUCAACGGAUAUGCGAAGUCGGCGAAAAUCCAGUACGAAGCCGGUGGAGCGGAUGCUGCUGACCAUGUGGAACACUUCGUGUUGCACUGUGGAGAUGAUGGCGUCAUGGAUCUGCUCUAUCCGCAACAGCUCACCGAUAUCAAGAAGGUCGAGAAGAUCAUCAACCAGAAGAUCCUGGGGGAGCGCCGGAAGAAACAGCGCGACCGUCUCAUCGGAAGCCGCAGCCGAGAUGCCAAGCGCACCGAUUCGCCAAGGCACUCGGAAGCUCGGCGGAGUGAGCCGCGCCGAGAUGACCGCCGAGACGACCGCUGGGAACGACGCAGAGAUGACCGCCGGGAUGACCGGCGAAGCCGACGCGACGAUGGUCGAGACCGCCGCCUAGCGACAGCGCUGCUGGAGGACGACCCGUACGAGCUGGCCGAGAGACGCCAAUCCAAUCGGCGAUCCAACCUCUACGACUCGGUCAGCGAUCAGAGCGACGGCAGCCAGCUGAGCUACUCCGACUCGGCUGUACACUCGGAAGACGGUUACAUCGACACCGGGUUCACCAGCGACCGCGACCUCGAGGAUACGAUCGGCGUGACCAGACUGGGCGGCGCAGGGACUCCCGUGAACGCCCUUCGUAUGGAUCUUGCGCUGCCUGCGGCGUUCUGCAAGCAAUUGCACGAUGUCGGUCAAUGCGAGCUGUUCCAGCGCUAUGAGAAGCUCGCCGCAUUUGUCAAGUCCAAUUCAGCUGAGCCGGCAGUAGAGGCGAACUUCGUGUUCGCCUUUGUGGGCAGGGAUCAGGCUGCGGUCGCGGAUCAAGAGGGUCUAUCGAGAGAUCUCAAGCGAUUGGAUAACGUCGACGCCCCGGAUCGACGACCAAUCUCGCAGAUCGAGGGCGGCCGAGGACAGAAGAGGACGGAUCGGCAGCGCACGGCAACUCGCACAGGUCAUCGAUCGGGAUCGAUCGUGGAUCGGGAGUCGAUCGCAGAUCAGGAGUCGAUCGUGGAUUGGGAGCCGAUCGUGGGUUGA